GAGCCACGGUGGAAAAAUGGGUGCCUCUGCCCACGGCACUCAGUGCCAUCUUCAGAGCAGUUCGGAAAAGGGAACUUUUGUAGCGCCGAAGUAGAACUAUUGAAUAUACUUCAGAUUUGCAGUGCGUUUGGAAAGUGAUUAUUUUGUGACGUGUUUUUGGCAUCUUUAUAUAUUUAUUUAUUUCCCCCUCUCCUUGUUUGGGGACUUGGUGACUGGCAUUGCUUCAAGGGCACCGGUGGUCAUUGUGAGGUCAUUGUUACCUAAAUCACUUGGGAAAUAAGGCCUGUGGCGAUUGAGUGCUAGGUAAAAAAAAAUAUAUAAAAAAAAACAUGAAAUAAGGAGGGUGACGUCGAGCGGAAGAACACAGGCUGGGGGCAAAAGGGCCUCUCUCGACACAGCUCUCCUCUUCACACUGAGGGACCUGGGGAAACCCGAACGAGCUGUAAGGUCUGUGAGGUUAUGGAUGGGAUGCCCCACACUGCCCAGACUGCAAGAAGACUCGGCAACGCCAGCAGCGAACUCUACCCUAUCAUGAUGCCCGUCGGAGGAGAAGGAGGAGGAGGACCUCCUCGACGCCAGGAGCCGCCCGUGGGCGCCGCUGGGAACCAGGCAGCCCCUCCACCAGGUGUUCCACAGUACAACACGAUGAUGGAGAACUCAGUGCCAUUAUCCCAUCUGCGAACCGAGGGUGGUGGAUACUUAGGUCCAGCGGCAGUUGAAGAAAUCAACUCGGAAUUUCUAGCAAACCAGGCGAGGCAAUCCCAGGACAGAAGCCGCAUCCCUGGGCAUCUGAAUAAUAAUAGCAUCCAGGUGUACGACGGAAAUGGGAGGAACCAGAAAUCUUCGGUCGAAGGGUCCAUCAACGCGGAUUCGUUCAUCUCUCAGAGUGACCAGCAAAAAGGUACCUCUCCAGUCAACUGCAGAACCCGGACCGGCUGUGAGAAGAUACUGCUGAUGGGAGGUUCUAUACUACUAAUCAUCAUCAUUGCUCUGGCAGCUGGUAUGGUUGUGCUGGAAGGAAGAGGCUAUACCAAUAUCGUUUCAGGAGGUCUGUACAUGAAUGAAUCGGAAUCGUGUCAGACCCGAGAUUGCGUCAGAGCAGCCGGAGCGAUCCUGGAGUCCCUGGACGAGACCUCGGAGCCCUGUGACAACUUCGUCCAGUUCGCCUGCGGAGGAUGGUACGCCACCCACCCGGUCCCCGAAUCGAUGCACAAAUGGUCCGUCUUGGACCUCCUCGACGAAACGACGCUUUACGAAGUCAAGAGUAUCAUGGAGGAACCACCCACGGAGGAAGAGUCACUUCCCGUGAUGGCAGCCCGUACUGUGUACAAGGCCUGCAUUGACGACAAUCAGUGGAGCGCCGUUGGUCUAAGCCCGCUCCUUUACCUCCUAGACGAGAUGGGCGGUCUUCCGAUGAUCGAGCAAACAUGGCGGCCGAAGGACUUCCGCCUGGAAGAGGCGCUGGCCUGGAUGCGCCGAGCCGGAGGGCAGACCAUCGUCGCCCUCACCAUCUCUCCGGAGCUGACCAACUCCUCCUACAACGCCAUCAAUCUGAUGCAAGGUCUUCUGCCGAUACCAGCCGGAAGUCUGAUUAACGCUACGCUGUCACAGAGGGCAAACCACAUUUCCUUCAUCCUGAAAACCGUGGAAGCAAUGCUAAGUGCGAAGGGGGAAGUAGAUAACACGUAUGCAUUACAACAAGCCUUGAUGGAUUCUGACGCAAUGUGGAAUUUCACUGUGGAACUAGCCAAGAUCAGUGAGGAAACUAAAGAGGAUCCAUGGGUCGAUUACAACCCCAUGACUGUGAGAGAGCUGAGUAAGCUUACAAAUCACCCCAAUUCAUCAUUCAAGAUCGACUGGCUGCUCUAUUUCAAGCAUCUGUUCAACGGCACCAACACCACGGUGACCAACGAUGACGUCAUCGUAGUCCACGACCCUUGGUACUUCGGGAACCUCACGACUCUUCUGAACAAGACGACUACCAGGACGAUUGCCAACUACCUGCUGUACCAGGUAGUUUAUUCCAUGGCAGACGAGACCUCGGUGACCCUGAGAGAUAUUUACAGGAGUUACGAAACUCCUCUGUGGGAAUUUGGUCGCACAUCCUUACGGCCAUGGUAUGACUGCGUCACGAAGGUUCGGAUUCUCCUACCGAUGGCCAUUGGCCAAAUGUUCUUCAAGAAACACUCUAUCGAGAAUGUGACCGGAGAUGCCAACAAGCUCGUGGAGCACGUAACGGAGGCCUUCAGGAACAUGCUGAGAUCGGCGACGUGGAUGUCCAACGAGACGACUGAGAAAGCCAUCCGGAAGCUGGACGAGAUGGUUCAUUUUGUCGGUUAUCCGGACUAUUUAUUGGACGACGAGGCAAUGAACGAACACAUGCAGGGGCUACCCGAAGUGUCCGACACCGACCAUUUCGGCAACGUCGUGGCCCUCCUGAGGUGGCACGGAUACAGGUCGCUGGUCAAACUCAGUUCCACCCCCUCGAGGACAAGGUGGCCAACUGGACCUUUGGAAAUCAAUGCCUUUUACUCCACGCAGACAAAUGCCAUAAUCAUUCCCGGAGGAAUCCUGCAGCCCCAGUUCUUCCACGGCGGCAUGGCAGCUCUGAACUACGGCGGCGUCGGUGCAAUCAUCGGACACGAGAUAACUCAUGGAUUCGACAACAAUGGUCGCCACUUCGACUGGGCGGGAAGACUCGCCCACUGGUGGGACCAGAAGACAAUGGACCAGUACGUGAAUCGAUCCAAGUGUUUCGAGAACCAAUACUCCAGUUACAACGUCUCCGAUCUGCUCGCUCCCUUUGACGCUGUGUCAGGCAGCCUCAAGAUCAACGGUCUCCAGUCCAAAGGAGAGAAUCUCGCCGAUAAUGGAGGCGUCAGAGCUGCCUGGACAGCCUACAAGAAGCACAUCCAAGAAACUGGAGAAAAUUUGGUUCUUCCUGGACUCCAGAGUUACAACCAAGACCAGUUGUUUUUCAUAACCUUCGGGAGGCUUUGGUGCAUGCAGUACACCCCCUGGGCCUUAAAGUACAGCCUCGACAACGACCUCCAUCCACCAGGUCACUACAGAAUCCUAGGGUCGUUACAGAACACGAAGGAAUUUGCGGAUACUUUCGGCUGCGCCAAAGGAUCCCUAAUGAAUCCUGAAAAGAAGUGUCUUUUGUGGUAAAAAAUAAAUAAAUAAAUAGAUAAAAGGAAUGUCCAGAACAAAAGCGUCUUCAGCAUGAAAUUCAUCGAAAAAUACUAAAUAUGUCGUGGUGAAAAAAAGAAGUCGAAGUUUUGUAAACAAAAGAAAAAAGUAUGAGCUCUACGAAAAGAAGUCGAGGUGACAUCUACAUGACUCAACAAUUUGACGUUGCAUUUUCAGAUUUCCUUUUUUACCAUCUCGGAAGAUAAAUAAUGACAGAUUGUGCCAUUGCAUUUGAUCAUCAUAAUUUAUUCGACCUCUUCAUCAUACCUGUAACUCAGUAACUUCUGUAAUUCGUGUUCAAAUACGAACGACCGACGAUAGAAAAUUGGGUCAAGAAGAAAUCAUCCACAUGAACGCAGUCACUCGCGAACCAUUCCGUUCUUCUUUGAAGUAAUAUAAUUGACCUUCUAGCAAAUAGCAGCGUCCGAAAUUCUCUUCAAUUACUGGCUGCUGUGAAGCAAGAGCCCGUGCCAACGUCAGGCUGGCUGAAUCUCACUGCUGAAAUUCUCGUACAGCAUUUGGGAAGAUACCACUCAAGGAUCCAACUCCAGCAUUUCAAUCAAUGUCCUGUGAUUCUUUUAACUUCUGGAAAGAUUUAUUUUGUAACUUUGUUGGAAGAAUUAUAACUUAAUAAUAAAAAAGACAAUUG